CAUUCUGCAAGUGGCGUCUUCCUUGCCACCAGACACCAUGGCACUACGAACAAAAUUUCGCUACAGAGACUCGGAGUGGAAGGUGCUUGGAGACCAUCUCUCUGUCGAUCCACCUGACUGGCUGUCGCUUCCUCCAUGUUGAACCGCCUUCUGAUCUUCCGUUCUCCCAAACCGCCGAUAACAACAGCCGCUUAUCGCUUCUCGCACUACGCAAGACCAGCCAUGUCCGUGGCGCCGACUGUCCGAAUCAACGGCGACCUCAACAACACCGAGGUCCUUCGGCAGACCAUCGUGCCUCCUCCAGAUCCGGCGUACCACCAGCGGACUCUUGCCAUUUCCGACGAAGAAGACCACCCGGCCAUACGCGAGAAAUACCGGCCCUUCCUCUUGCGUGAAGACCUGACUCACAGCGAUUGGAUCUCGAAACUAGAACUCAGCACAGCGCUCAAGCUGGUCGAGGCCGAUCUGGCGCAGAACCACGGCCAAAGACUCCGCGUCCUCGUCCUCGUCGGCAGCCUCCGAGCCCGGUCAUAUUCAAGACUACUCGCCUACGAGUGCUCCCGCAUCCUCUUCCGCUUAGGCUGCGAUGUUCGCUUCUACGAGCCCGCCGGCCUGCCCGUCAAAGAUGAUGUGCAACACCAGCACGAGAAAGUCCAGGAAUUGAGAAACCUGAGCAAAUGGAGUGAUGGCCACGUCUGGGUCUCGCCAGAGCAACACGGAAAUCUCACUGCUGUGUUCAAGAAUCAGAUCGAUUGGGUGCCUCUUAGCGCUGGUUCCGUUCGCCCAACUCAAGGUCGCACCUUGUCAGUCCUUCAAGUCUCUGGUGGCUCUCAAUCCUUCAAUUCUGUCAACAGUCUUCGCAUAUUGGGACGCUGGAUGCGCAUGUUCGCGAUACCCAACCAGUCUUCGAUUCCAAAGGCCUACACGCAGUUCACCGAUGCGGUCGAUCCUUCAGAUGAGGCGGCGUUCCUCGAGGCAGAAGGCGGCAGUCGUCUCAUGCCAUCUGGCAACCGGGACAGAGUCGUAGACUGCAUGGAGGAGUUUGUGAAAUAUACCCUUGUCAUGCGACAGCACUUCGACCUGUUUUCCGACAGAUUCAGCGAAAGGGCUGAACGACAAUCGAAAAUUGAUGCAGAGCAGAAGAGCAGCCAGGCACCGGCAGACGGCGUUGUCAAUGGCGUCAACACAGGUGAUAUCUGAGUCAAGAGCUCUCCCUCGACUAGCAUCGCCGUCGUCGCAAUGGAGUAUCGUCGUGCAGGAUAGCUGGUGCAUCUCGCGAGGUCUUGCUUAUCGAUAUUGUUGCUCAGCUCACGUGGGUGCCGCUCACUGUCAAUAUUCUGGGGUCGUUCCAAGGCAAACGAGCAUCGCCUGCCCGCAUGCACGCCCUUCUUCUGCGUACAGCAAUUCUACGUACACCCAAACUUGCCUUGGGGUAGGUCAGCAACGCCCAGGGCAUGCGAAUAGUGCACUUCCUGGCCUACCUUUUUAAGUCUCAACUCUUCGUGCGACUGGUCAUGCGGCGCUCAAGAACGCUACCAUCGCCACAAUCGCACUUGCCAGCCCACCUGCAAAGGCGGUUUCCCGUUCCAAGCUUCCUUCGCAAUAAGUUGCGGCCAUACUGCCAGCAUCCACAACGUUAAUCAAUGCUGCGCAUCGAGAGAGCAACUUUCGGACGCGAAGGUCAUGCAUGUACAGGAGAAGGGCCAUUCCGAAAACCAGGUCUCUGGAGCCUCCGAUCCGAGUCGCGAUAGGGUUCACUCGAGCUGGUGAAAGGUUGAAAAUGUUGAUUGCUGUCCAGCGAGGACAUAUGACUGAGCUGAGGCCGAGAGUGAGCUGGUAUAGUGCCAGAAGUCUGGCGAGGAGCAGAUUGAGAGAGGCCAUUGCAGAGUCGGGUCAAGUGAAGCACUGCAACAUACAAAAAGCCCCAUUAUCGAUGUGUGUCGGCCAGGGAAGCAUUUAUCGAUGUCAAACCCUGUCCAAGAUCUAGGCAGCAGUGCUGCUAGUCUCCAGGUGCCUUCGAGUUUUGCACUGAUGGAGCCUAUCCCCAAUUUUGACACCGUGCAAGCAUAUGGAUGUUUUGGUCACGAUUUCUGGCACCACG